AGGGCCUUCUUAAUCUCGUUGAAACAGCGCUAUCCUGAUGGUCAAGCCAUCGGUUUGAAGCUCUCCAAGCAACUCACAGCAUCUAGUAAAAAGCUGGCCAAAGCCAUCCAGGCAUACAAUGGCAUACAGUGGGAACCACAGAGUGCUCAAUUCCCCUCAACGGUGGCCUUUGAAGAUAGCGAUCCAGCAUGGGACAUGUACCAGACACUGGAUACAUCCAUGGGUGAACCGGGUCUACCCUAUAGCGUGAAACGAAGGGCCAUUGAUGCUGUCAGCUUGAGGGAAAGGGCCUCAGAAGAACAAGAGAUGGUGAAGGCAGAAAUGGAGCGUGUCAUGCAGCAUCUUCUUGAUCAGCAUCACAUUACUGACCAUGAGAUACGCAGAUGCAUGGAAAACUACAACACAGCAGGGCAGGCAGUACUCACUCAGCACAUUGUCAGGAUAGAGCAGAGGUUGGAGAGGUUUUUCCACCACUUCAAGCAACACAUUCCAACUCUUCCUGAGCCUCCUUCGAGUCAUAUCGAGCAGAGAUCUCAUUCUCAUGAGUCUGAUUCUAGCACCUCGCCAUUUGAUAAUGUGAGUGAUGAGGAGGAGGGAGACUCUACUGAUGAGGAGGAAGGAGAGUUUAUUGAAGAUGAGGGGGGAUACUCUACAGAUGAUACAUAUCCAAGUGACAUGGAAAUAGAAGCCUGGGGAGCUGGAUUUUAUGGAGCCUCAGGGUCAUUCGACAGUACCACAGGAAAGUCUCUCAAGACUUUGAAUGCCAGAAAGGCUACUGAGAAACUGGGCCACCUCUUCAACUACAAGCCCAAACACAGCAUGGCCAAACCUGCAGCAAACCCAAGU